AUCUUGUUGCCAAAAUUAUAAGGGGUGAUUAUUGUUUAUUAAAAAAAAAAAAUUGUAUUUCCCCUGCAAAAGAUCACACAGAUCUUUCUUUCACAAACAUGUGGUGGCAAGAAAUAAUUUAUCAUUUUCACAGGUGAAUUUUCAAAUUAUACAUAUGUUAUUUGAUGAAAACAAAGAUAAAUAUUUGAAAAUUGCAUGUUUACAAAAUGAGUUGAAAUUAAUUGGAUUGGAAAUCAAAAUUCUUAGAAGUGGAAGAGGUGGUGGACAUUGUCCCUACAACGUCACUAAUUUUGAUCAUUUAUCAAGUUACUGCAGCACACACGCCACAACAUAAUAGUUUGGCUGAAAAGAAAACCCCCGCACUUAUGGACAUGGUUAAUGCCAUGCUUAUCAGUUCCAAUUUGCCUCUUAAUCUGUAGGAGAGGCCUUAAAGUCUGUAUCCCAUAUUUGAAUAGAGUUCCAAAUUCUAAGAAUAUGAAGAUUACUUGUAUGAGAUACGUGUGACGAACAUGAUAAUCAUGAAGGCUCUAGAAGUAGUAUAAGAGCUAGGAAACCAACUUGUUGUGGACCUGACUUUUAUGAUAUAAAAGAAUAACCUAAAAGCUUCUAAGAUGCCAUCUGGUGUAAUGCUUCCUUUUGGAAGGAAGCAAUUAGCAAUGAGAUGGAAUAGAACUUGGGCCCAUGGAUCUACCUCCUUUUUCUAAGGCUUUAGGCUGCAAAUGAGUUUUCAAAAAGAAAGUAAGAUAGGAUGGUAGCACAGAGAAAUUUAAAACUCGACUGGUUGAUAAGGUUUCAAGCAUAAAGAAGAUGUUGACUUCUUUGAUAGAUAUGUUGUAGAAUAGCUUCUAUAUGAGUACUCAUUUCUCUGGCUUUGAUAGCCAUUUAGAGAUCCACGAUCCGCCAAAUGGAUGUUAUAACAACAUUCCUAAAUGAACUAGAUGAAGAAACAUAUAUGAAGCAACCUGAAGUUUUUGCCCUAAAAGGACAAGAGCAUAGAGAGUACGUAAACAUGUGAAAUCCUUGUAUUGUUUGAAACAAACAUCAAAAUAAUUCCAUGAAAAGUUUGAUAGAGUAAUCCUAUCUGAUGGAUUCUACAUGAAUGAUAUUUGUAGGUGUAUCUCCACCAAAGUUCCAAAUGGUGUUGUAGUUAUAAUAUUCAUGCAUUUGGAUGAUAUUCUUAUACCAGGCAGCAACAUUGCAUGCAUCCAAGAGACCAAGAACUAACUAUCUUCUAAAUUUAACAUUAAUGAUAUGCGUAAGCUGAUGUGAUUAUAGGAGUCAAAAUAGCGGGAACACUAGAUGGUUAUGCUUUCUCUCAGUCUCACUAUAUAGAGAAAAUUCUCAAAAGCUUUAACCAUUUUGAGAGUCAGCCAACUAUGAUCCCACAUGUUCCUCAUAUUUCAUUGAGGAAGAAUAAUGGUGGUUCUGUUUCCCAAUUAUUGUAUGCUAGAGUUAUUGGAGUUGUUGGAUUUAUGAUGUAGGCAAUUACUAUACUUGAGAUUGCAUUUGUUAUUGGUAAAUUCAUUACAUUUAUCACUAAUCUAGGUGGAGAGCAUUGGAUUGUAAUUCUAGUGUCCUAUGGUAUCUUGAAGGGGAUAUAAAUUUUUGUUUAUAUUAUGUGGGUGAACCUGAUGUAUUUGGAAAGAUCCAUUAUUGCAUUAGCCUUAAUAGCUUUUAAGGCCAUUGGUGGAGGUAUAGAAUUGCUAACAGACACUUUGGUAGACUUACCACUUGUUUAAGGGUUUGUGAUUGUGAAGCACUUGGUAGACAUACCACUAGCAAGUAUCUCAAUUUAUUGUGAUUGUGAAGCAGUUAUUUGCAUAUCAAUGAGUAAGAUCUAUAAUGGAAAAGUGCAUCAUACUCGCUAGGGGCACAAUCAAUGAAGACAAUUUUACUUGAAGAUGAAGUAAUCAUGUUGGACCAUAUAAGGUCUACCACAACUUGGCAAAUCCGUCAACUAUGGCCACUGAACCAAGUCUAGAAUACAAGUAUAGGAACGGGAAUGAAAACCAUUGAAGGCUAGUCACUUGAUGGGAACUGUGGCUGGUGGGUGAGAUCCCAAGUCUGAGGUUAAAGGGGAAGAUCAAGUCAUUUGUGUAGCACUUGGAAUAUCACUUUUCUUUUAACAGAAAUUAAAUUUUCUGGCCCAUCCCUAGCUAUGUGGUUUUGUAACCUGCAACCUAUGGGAGGUUGAGCUUAGCUCUUAGUGAGUCCAUACACCUAAAUGAUGAUGUGCCUCUAUAGGGCCCAUGGAUCUACCUCUAUAGCUGCAGGUGCACCCUCUAUAGAUUCACCUAUAUGAGUGUGGAAGUGAGUUAGCUUCCGGUGGGAAUUGGAUACUCUAUUGAGCACUCAUACAAAUUAGGAUAUCUCAUGCAGAGCUUAUAGGGUGUGAGUUUUUUAGGCAGAAUAUACUUCCCAACUGAUAAUGUGUUUGUGGGAGGCUUACCUGUAGAUGGAUAUAGUGCAAGGUUUGGGCAUUAUGCAUAACACUAUAUGGAGGUUCAAGUCUCUAAGACAGUUUAAUUUAUGCAUUGGUUUUAUUGAUUUUGCAAAACUUCGAGUUAAUUUGUUUUGAAACGGAUGGGAGAUUGUUGCAUAUUUAUGGUUGUUUGAAGACAAUUUUACUUAGCUUUCGGGCUUAAGAAUUCAUUCAAUGUGUCUAAUCAACACAGAGCAACUGCAUGAUGUAGACCGGUAGAAUAGAGUCGAGGCAUGCCGGUGAUACUGGUUGAAUCGGAAAUGAUUUUGCACAAAAUACUUCAAUUUAACUGCCCAGACUAAUGCAGUUAUGUUGGAUUCUCACAAGAAGUUAAGCUGCCCGACUUUUCUUAGGCGUGAAGUACAUUUCAUGGUUAUAGAGGAGAAUGCAGCUUCUCACUGUUGUUAGGCUUUCUCAUUCUUCACUGCCCAAAAUCAUUUUCCAUGUUUAUUUUCCUUUUGCCACAUGUAACUUGGCCAUUUCGAUAACCAAUAGAAAUCAACUUUAAGUUAGAGACCUCUAUAAUAUUUUCCUUUUGCCACAUGUAACUUGGCCAUUUCGACAACCAAUAGAAAUCAACUUUAAGUUAGAGACCUCUAUAAAUACCUUCUUUGAGAAUUGGAAAUUGUUCAUAUGCUUUUCCCAUGAGCUUUCAUCAGCUUUAACUGAAAAACUAUAUUCUCUACGAAAAUCUCAAGAAAUAUGUUCCUUUUGUGUUCGAUUUCAAGUCCAAAACCCCUACCAUAGAGGGGAAAUUUAAUGUGACAUUUGUUCUCUAGAAACUUCUCUGAGCAUGCGAACCACAUAAGAGUACUUCUCUGAGCAUGCAAACCAUAGAAGAGUUCCAAUGCUUCACUGGGUUUAGUUGUAACAUGGUUCAGGGGCAUUCUGCACUUUAAAGACCGGCAGAACAACUUGUGCCUUUGGGUUUGUUAUUGAAGCACAGGGUCAAAUCAGUUUAUUGGGAAAAGUUUUGAUUUGUAUUGGAAGCUUGUGUCAAUAUUUCAAAGUUCGAGCUUUAAGCUCAUUUUGAACCUUGUGAUCAUUUGAAAGAGAAGUGUGAGCUCUAUGAUCAAGUUGAACCUAUGUUGUUCCUGUAUUUUGCAGUUGUUAAAGGGUUUGCAGUUCUCACUGCUAUUAAGAGAUUUCAGAUUUCACGGCCAAUGAGGCUCAAUUGACAAUCCGAUAGUUAAGGAGAUACUUUGGUAGUUAAGAGAAAUUCGUAAUGUUGGCUUUUGAGGACUCAAUUGCCAACAGAAGUAUUGGAAGUAUAUUUGGAUUUAUCUUGAAGCAUUUCUUUUAAAUAUUUUGAUGAGAGUUCAAUUUAUCUAAUAGAAGCACACGGGUUCGUGUUUCAAGGCUCAGGGCUCCUCAUCCUGUCAAAAUUCCCUUGGAUUGGGGGGUUUAAUUUGCAGAAGUUUGGGUAAAAGAUCAAGAAAGAGAAGGAAACAACUUUUAAAGUUAAGGGCUAGAAAACAUCUUUUGAAUUUCUCAAAGAUGGGCCUUGGGAAGACUUUGCAGGCUAUUUGUUUCUUGAGUUAUUUAAAAGUUUGUCUCAACUGUCCAGGCCCAUUUUUGGUACUAUGUCCGUUGAGUGUCACGGAUAGUUGGAUAUCGGAGUUUACCAACUUCUCUCCAAAUUUAAGGAUUCUUAGAUACGUUGGUGACCAAGGUGAUAGACGUGGUCUGAGGAAAAUGAUGUUUGAUCAAAUGAGCCAGCAUCCUACUAUAAAUCAUGAACGGUGCACUUUACCUUUUGAUAUCUUGCUGACAACAUAUGACAUAGCAAUGCUGGACAAAGAUUUUCUAUCUCAGAUUCCUUGGCUCUUUGCUAUUAUUGAUGAAGCUCAACGGCUUAAAAACCCGUCUAGUGUCUUGUAUAGAGUUCUUGAUCAGCAUUAUAUUAUUCCAAGAAGAUUACUAUUGACUGGAACUCCGAUUCAAAACAAUCUUUAUGAGCUGUGGGCCUUACUGCAUUUUUGUAUGCCUUUGGUGUUUGGGACCUCAGAAGAGUUUAUUAACACAUUCCAAGAUGCUGGAGCUCCAUUGGCAGGUGACCUUGCAUCCAAAGGAAAGCAACAGUCCAAGAUCUUGAAAUUCAUACUACGAGCAUUUAUGUUGCGGCGAACAAAAGCAUUACUUGUUCAAAGUGGAACACUUAUAUUACCUCCUCUUACAGAAGUUACCAUGAUGGCACCUUUGGUGCCACUACAGAAGAAAGUUUAUAUAUCAAUAUUGAGAAAGGAGCUUCCCAAGAUUUUGGCAUCAUCAUCUGGAUCUUCCAAUCAGCAGUCUUUACAAAACAUUAUAAUGCAGCUUCGGAAGGCAUGCAGUCAUGGUAUUGAGCCCGAGCCUUUUGAAGAAGGUGAACAUUUAGUUCAGGCCAGUGGCAAACUUAUCAUAUUGGAUCUGCUGCUACAGAAGCUCCAUACAGGAGGCCAUCGUGUCCUGUUAUUCGCUCAAAUGUCUCACACACUUGACAUACUCCAGGACUUUUUAGAGCUACGAGGACACACAUACGAGCGUCUUGAUGGAUCUGUUCGGGCUGAGGAGCGGUUUGCUGCAAUAAAAAGUUUCAGCCAGCAGCCUGUCAAAGGUGUUUCGCAAUCCCAAACCAGUCAGGAUAAUCCAUUUGUGUUCAUGAUUUCAACUAGAGCUGGUGGAGUUGGACUGAAUCUGGUCGCUGCUGAUACUGUUAUAUUUUAUGAACAAGAUUGGAACCCUCAAGUAGACAGGCAAGCCCUUCAGCGUGCCCACCGCAUUGGUCAGAUGAACCAUGUUUUAUCUAUAAAUUUAGUGACUGCAGGCACAGUUGAGGAGGUAAUAAUGCAAAGAGCAGAGUAUAAAUUACAGCUUAGCCGCAAUGUCAUUGGAGGAGAUGACGGCAUCUACAAGGAAGAAAACCAAUCAGCAGAUGAAACAGAUGACUUGAAGUCUCUUGUAAUAUUUGGCAUCGAUAAGUUUGAACCUUCAGAUACCCAUGAAGAAUGUGAAACUGGAAUAAACCUUGUUGAAGUAAAUGCUAUGGCUGAAAAGGUAUUAGAAACACGAAACUAUGAACCAUCACAGAAGGAGGACCGUAGAUUUGAGCUUAACCCUUCAGACCUGAUGACAGAUGGUGGUGGGUUAUGUAUGAAAAAGUCUUCUGCAUCUAUGGAUCUCAAUCCUGUACUUGAUGAAGCUUCCUAUCUAUCUUGGGUGGAAAAGUUCAAGGAGGAUAACCAAUCCAUGGAAAAGUCAGGUGUGGGUUCCCUAAAUAAAAGAGCUUUACCCGAAAUAAAGCAUUCACAGCACGAAGCUGAGAAAAAGAGGAAGGCAGAAGAGAAGAGACGAUCUAAGUGGGAAGCGCUUGGUUAUCAGUCUUUUGUUGUUGAAGCUCCCAUGGACUUAAUGGUUGAUGACCUUAGGUUUGAUUCAGGUUCAGUCCAAUUUGUUUUUGGAGAUUGUACUAAUCCGAUGAAACGGUUUCCUGUUGAGCCUACUGUUAUAUUCAGCUGUGUUGAUAACUCAGGAAAGUGGGGCAGGGGAGGCAUGUUUGACGCACUGGCAAAACUUUCUGAGCAUGUUUCACAUGCCUACGAAAGAGCUUAUGAAUGUGAUGAUCUUCAUUUGGGGGAUCUCCAUCUUAUCAGUACCGACAGAAAUCAAAAUGUUGAAAACAAGGCAAAUAUGGAUGACAAGGGUCACCAAUGUGUAGCUCUAGCUGUAGUACAAUCUUAUAACCCUUGGCGUAAAGUCCCUCGUAACAAUAUAUCUCUACCUGAUCUGGAGCAAUGUUUACUAAAAGCUUCUUUUUCAGCUUCACAGAAAUCAGCUUCACUUCAUAUGCCACGUAUCGGGUAUCAAGACGGAUCUGAUCGUUCGGAUUGGUACACAGUCGAGCGCCUCCUGCGCAAAUAUGCUUCUCUCUUUAACAUCAAUAUUUUUGUCUACUACUUCCGGCGCCCAUCACACGAGACAAAGACCCAAGAUUAGAAAGUGGAAUAAUCUAUAGAAAUAUGCAAGGACAGAAGUAUGUAGUUCUGUCCUUUUUGGUUUGCUUGGUGAAAAUGUUUGUACAGUUAUGUCUAAUGGCCUCUCUCUGUCUAAUGGCC